AUGUCACCAGCUCAGAAGAAAAAAUCUAGCAGUGACACUUCAGGGGAAGGUUCAUCUUAUUAUACAGGCACUAAAACUGAACCACAACAAAUGUCACCAGCUCAGAAGAAAAAAUCUAGCAGUGACACUUCAAGAGAAGGUUCAUCUUCCUAUACAGACACUGAAACUGAACCGCAACAAAUUUCACCAGCUCAGAAGAAAAAAUCUAGCAGUGACACUUCAAGAGAAGGUUCAUCUUCCUAUACAGACACUGAAACUGAACCGCAACAAAUUUCACCGGCUCAGAAGAAAAAAUCUAGCAGUGACACUUCAGGGGAAGGUUCAUCUUCCUACACCUACACUGAAACUGAACCACAACAAAUGUCACCGGCUCAGAAGACAAAAUCUAGCAGUGACACUUCAGGGGAAGGUUCAUCUUCCUACACAGACACUGAAACUGAACCACAACAAAUGUCACCGGCUCAGAAGAAAAAAUCUAGCAGUGACACUUCAGGGGAAGGUUCAUCUUCCUACACCUACACUGAAACUGAACCACAACAAAUGUCACCGGCUCAGAAGACAAAAUCUAGCAGUGACACUUCAGGGGAAGGUUCAUCUUCCUACACAGACACUGAAACUGAACCACAACAAAUGUCACCAGCUCAGAAGAAAAAAUCUAGCAGUGACACUUCAGGGGAAGGUUCAUCUUCCUACACAGACACUGAAACUGAACCACAACAAAUGUCACCGGCUCAUAAGAAAAAAUCUAGCAGUGACACUUCAAGGGAAGAUUCAUCUUCCUAUACAGACACUGGAACUGAACCUCAACAAAUGUCACCGGAUCAGAAGAAAAAAUCUAGCAGUGACACUUCAGGGUAA